AUGAAUUCGUCACGAAAUCAAUAUAAAGCGUGGCGAUACUUCAAAAAACAAAAUAACGGACAAACUGUGACCUGUAAACUGUGCGGAAGGAGCAUAAAGUUCCAUUCUUCGACCACAACGAUGCAUCAGCACUUAAACAGUCACCACGAGAAAGUAUUUGUAGAAAUGGAAAGAUCGAUAGUACAUAAAGAUCAAGAGCCUGAUGACGAGAAUGAUGACUCGGAAGGAGUAGAAUAUUACGAUUCCAGAGAGCAUAACGAUGAUACUUUUGGAAACGAUUUGGCCCAAAUAAUGAAACAUUAA